AUGUUGGCCUCCAAUCCCAGCUAUGUGAUCUAUGCCUUCAAGGAGGGCUCCAUUCGGGUGAUCAACCAGAGUGCCAAGGAUCACUUCAAGCUGUCCAAUGCCUCCAAGGCUCGGAUCGUUGACUUGGCAUUGACGGCAGAUGUGACUGUCAAUGAUUACCCUGACACCCUCCUGCUGUGCUUGGACGAAGAGGGCAACAUCACCAUCUUUGAGCUGGAGGUCGUGGAAGCCGGCAGCAGCGGCACAGAGCGAACGCGCUGGUUGGAAGUGGCCCUGCGAGAGGUGGACAUGCCCCAGCGGGUCAUCCUGCAGCCGCAGGACAGCCGGUGGUUCGUGACCAUUCACGCUUCCAGCCUGAGACUAUGGUCGUUGCCUCAAAUCAAACAGGAGAUUUCGAUGGGUACUACCUUGCAUCCAACUGCGCCGCAGCUGCAGCGAUGCUGCUGUAGCGUCCCUCUACCGGCUCCAGCGCAUGACGUUGCCUUCUCCAUUGAUGGCACGUGCCUGCUGGCACUCACAAAGGGCAGCCUCAUGGUGUGGAAACGCCAGGAAAGCGAGCGUCCAGGUCUGCAGCUCAUCCAGCAGUUGGCCAUCCAAAGUGAUGAGGACUUCCCCGAGCAUCCCGAGAUGUUGCGCUUUGUUGGCACCAAAGAUGUUCAGGCCUUGGUGCUGGCAUCGGCCAGUGGUUGCGACCUCCGGGUCUACAGCUUCAGUCCAAGAAGCCCUUCGCCCGUGGGACCCUUGAUGCAAUUACUUCGCUUGGCUCCUGCAGGUUCCAGCGCCAUUGCACGCUUGGAGGUGGACAAAACCGAGCACCGCACGCUGGCCGCGAGCUUCACGAACCGCAAUUGCUUCAUAUUGCUGCCGCUGGUCCAGGGCUGGUCGACUUCCUCCAGGAUCGCUUUUCCUUUCGCCCAGCGUUUUGGAGCUUGUGCACCUUGUAGCCAUCAUGCUCUCAUGACAGCGCUUUCGCUGAAGAAGACAAUCAAGGAUUUGUUCCUCUAUCGAGCGACUCGCGCGGUCGAUCAGGAUGGAAAAUGGAAUAUUGUGGUCCACCAACUUCCAGAAAAUAUGGUGCGACCGCAGGAGGCAAAGCUCAAAGUGGAAGUCAAGCCUCCAGAGCAGAAACUCAAAGUGGAAGUCAAGCCUCCAGAGCAGAAGACCCCGGAGGAGCAGUCUCCAGAGGUAUCUCCACAGGUGAACGGCUUCAAAGGCCAUGAUGAGGGCGAGGAGGCCGAAGAACCUGAGGCGGCUGCGAGCAGCUCUGCGCAAAAACAUGAUGUGGUGGACAAAGAGUUCGUGAAACAGAUCGCUGCAUCCUUUGUCAAGGGACUCGAGAAGAGGAAGGCAGACUUGGCGGAAAGGAUUGUCUCCGAGGUAGCGAAGAGCCGCGGGAAGUCUGGCAUGGAGAAUGAGGUGCUCAACCAGGUGCUGGCCAAGGUCAAGGAAGUGCGUGAGGUGCAAGCUGCCAGCGAGAAGAGUCUGCAGGCAGCGGCGAGACAGGCCAGCGAUGCAUGGGCAGAGACGUCUGCGGCGAGCAUGGCUUCUCAGCUGUCCAAGGAAUUCGGAAAGAUCUCAGAUGGUGUGGCUGCCACUUUGGCCAAAGAGUUGGCUCAGUCCAGAAAGUUCUGCGAGGCUCUGGCUCGAGGAGUGCAAAAAUCCCAAGCUGCUGCAACGAAACAGGCCCUUGAGGCUUUGCGGCCGCAAGAGAUCCAGGAGUCCUUGGGCUUUGGCGAGUCGCUGGAAGAGACCCUGGCACCUGUCUUCAAGGAAGAGCUCCGUGCGCAUUUCGAGCAAGAACUCGGUCCGCUGAUUGGACUUCGAGUCACGGAAAUGCUGUCUGCCUUCAGGGAGCAGAUGACAGAGUGCCUCAAGGGAAUUGCUGUUGAACAUGAGCAAGCAGCGCUACGACUCGGCAGAGAUCUUGCCCCUGUGGUGGCUGAGGAACUGAAAGAGGUGAAAGACCUGCUGCAGACCUCAGGUAGCUCUGGAAGUCGAAGUCUGUCGGAGGCUGAGCUGGAAGAUCUUUCACGACAGGUAGAAGUGGAGGUCAUUCAACCUCUUCAUGCACGUGUGAAAGAACUCACCAGUCAGGUGAAGGCUCUUCGUGUGGAGGUGGAGCAGCUUCAACGCACUGAAGGGAAGCAACCUUCAAGCCCUGAAGCGGAAGCUUCGCAGGCCAGGGAGCUGCAACAACUCUUCCAGGAGGGUUCUGUGGAGGAUGCCUUUGAGCGUGCUUUGCAGAGACAAGAGCACGCGAGAUAUGUGGACUUCUUGGAGCAACUGUGCUCCCUGGUGCAGCCAGACCAGUGGCUCAAUGAGGAGCCGGCCGGGCUUCACCUUGGUUCGCAGGUGAAGAUGAAGCUGAUGUAUGCCCUUGCGCAGCAGCUUUCUGACAAGUCCCUGGACGAGGGCAUCUUCCACAGCAAGGUGGAAUGGAUCAAUGAACUUUGGUUGGGUCUCGACCUUGGCGACAAGGCCCUGCAAGCCAAAGACCUUUGUACAAAGAUGAUCGAGGCUCUUGAGCGCGCUGAGGGCCCCGGGAGGGAGCAGGCGCUCCGUAAGCUCAAGAGGACGCUGCAACAAGCGGCCAAGAUGUUAGAACGUGACUAGUGAUCCUCCUCCGGGAAGGUUUGGCCUGAAUGAUGGGCCUCGCACGAUACGAAG